AAAACCACACCGGUGAGUAUUAUUUGCGUUGGCUUUAAAGGAUUGGCUCAGAGACACUUUGUGCACUGUGUGUGUGUUUCAGUGGCACAGGAGGGAAACUAAUCUGCAUGGUGGCGUCGAUGUAAGAGGAACGAAGUGGCUCAUAUCCCAAAACAUUCCGGAAUCAGGAACAUUUAUUGCCAAGAUAUGUUAGACAAACCAUGCCGUGAGAACAAAUCAUUGAGAUAUUGGUUCUUCAUCUGUGGCCUUCUUCUUUUUUUCACAUUUCUCACACACGUUCCUGGUGGGAUAAUUGUUUUUUUCGACACUCCGAUUCAAGAUGCGCCGCCGAAAUGUGUGUCUGUAUUUGCGUCUUAUGGUGAACCCGUGGUAAUAAUCCUGCAUCCUGUCGGGGGUCAAGGACUCCGCCGGCCUCUGCUCGGGCCCCUGCAACAGAGGGACGCUUGUGAAACACGAGGGGCCCGGCGGGGAAGAUCACAGCCACGGCCGCCGGCCUGGGAAUGCUGUCGCUCUGCAUCAGAGCCGCGUGAGAGAGAGAGAGAGAGAGAGAGGGAGAACACACCUAUGUCAGACACGCCUCUGCAGACGCAUGCUGGUGUGCACUCUGCAGCAGAGUCGACGCCGCUGAGUCUGGGCCCCGUGAGGAGCGUGAGUGUUUUUAAGAUCAUCGUUGGCGUGCGUCAAGGCGGCCCAAGGGAGGACCCGACCCUGCCCUAUGGCUGCAGGCCCUCGCCUUUGUUCUUCACCCGUACAGACAUAAUUACAAGCCUCAAGGAGCCUCCUCUCUCCUUGCGUUCUCUCGCGCUCUCUGCCUCAUGCACUCGAUGCCCACACCUUUUCAUCCCACGCGUUCUUUGACCGAUACUCACGUCCAGGACUCAGUCCUCGGCAGCAGCGCCGCGACGCCCAUAUAGGCCUCUGAUUCCUCCAAGCGUUUGUGUUCACCUUCAUCAUUUGGCCUCCCUGAUCCCAUUCAUCCGUCAACGGGUUUGACUCUCGGUGAGCAGCCACAAAGGUUGUUCUCUCCCUGCAGCGACAUCUGCGUAAGUCAAAUGCAUCGCCACGUUCGUCCCAACACCAACGCCGCUGCUGCACAUUCUCAGUAGGCACAGCGUUGCAUUCUAUGUGUGCAACUCUGGCCCACCAGAGGAAAAUAGCUUCUCUGCGCAGCCUCUGUUUUUGUUUCUCCAGAAUAAUAAUUUGUGGCAGUGUUGUGGCGGGCCGCGGGGCCGAGGCCUGCAGGGAGUCGGGAGUCGGUCCAGCCUCCGGCGGCCGUUCUGCAGGGUGAAGGACGUGACCAAAAUGACAGGGUUGUCCAGCAGCUGAGCACCACGCUCAACCCACCAGUCCCACCAACUCAUAUCAUCAUGCUUAAUUUCACUGCAGCUCACAUCUGACUCAAUCUGUUAGAAACAUAUUCGGCUGCAUAUUAGUUAGUUUUCAAAUAUAUCAGAAUUCUAUUUCUGAGUGAUUUUGGAGUAAAUUUAGUGGCAUGGAGGAAAAUGAUGAUCGAAGCAAUUACAGAUGUGUAUACAAUUCAAAUAAUAACAUGUUUCAAAUAUAGGCCUACUGUGUGACUAUUUACGUGAUUGAACAUAUGUUUAAUACAGAGAAUAAAACUUAUUUAACUUUAGAAGCAAAACUCCCAAAUGUCAUUUUAUGUUUAUAUAUUUUAUAAGGUGAAUGUCUCAAACUUUGUGAUUGGAUUAUAAACUCAUUAUUAGCCGAUGCACCUGUCAAUGUGUAAUUAUCGAUCUCGAACCUGAUCUAAAUUCCACCAAUAGAAAAUGGAACAUUUGAUCUGAGAAGUAUAAGAAACCUAGAAGCUUUAUAGUAAUUGCCUCCUAAAGCAUGCACGUUUUGCAGGAUAAAAUCCUACGUCUGAGCUUUAACAUUUUUUUAUCCAUGUGUUUAUUAUGUAUCUGGCAUCCUGACGCGGGCUGUUUUUCAUGAUGUUCAGAGGAGGAGGUCCCUGCAGGCCGCAGAGCUGCACCCUGGAUCACAUGUUAAUAGCGUUUAAUGGCGGAGCUCCAGUGACAGCUGGCUGCCGAACACCAAUCAGAGGGCUCGCAGAUGGAGGGCAGUCAGACCGAGGCUCUGCAGGCACGACGUGUUGAAGAACCACGCCGGCGCCUCCAAAGAUGUCAACGGGAUCCCUCUCGCUUUCCGUCCACCGUGUCGCCUCCUAAACUGCUGUGAACAUGCACGCCGUGACUCAUCUCAGCGGGACACUUUUCUUCACGAGCAACGCGUCCGACGCAGGUUGGGAUUCGUUCCCGGUUUUCCCGCAGCGCGCGUGAGCGCCUCUUCGCGUCACAGCUAAUGAUGUCUAUGGGUUUGAUGCCGGACUCUCGGAACGCCUCGGAUCCCUCCAAAUCGGCCUUUCUCGAAUUUGGCCACGGACAUCCGGCCCACCAGCAGCUCUCCCCCGGACUCUCUCACGUUUACCCGGUCCACGGCCUGCAUGCGUCCGGCCACUCCCAGCACCAAAGUCCCUUUCCCGGCGGCGCGUCCUACGGCCGCUCGCGGGGCUACGCCUACCCCGACGCGGCGAACCCUCACCCCCCGUCGGCCUACGCGUCCUACCAGCACCGCGAUCCCAGCAGCCACAGCAGGUCGGAGCACGCAGACCUGGAGAAGCCCGCGGCGGCUGACAGCCGGGACUUUCGUCCGAAUGGAAGGGGGAAAAAAACCCGGAAGCCCAGGACCAUCUACUCCAGUCUGCAGCUGCAGGCCCUGCACCAGCGCUUCCAGCAGACCCAGUACCUGGCCUUACCGGAGCGCGCGGACCUGGCGGCCAAACUGGGACUCACCCAGACUCAGGUGAAAAUAUGGUUUCAGAACAAGCGCUCCAAGUACAAGAAGAUAACGAAGCGAGGCAGCGGGUCGGAGGGAGAACAUCUCCACAGCACCAGCUCCAUCUCCCCCUGCUCACCCGGGAUGCCCGAGCUGUGGGACAAAGGAGCCCAAAUGCCCCAGAACAAUUACAUGAACGGUUUUGGCCACUGGUAUCCAAACCCCCACCACCCCCACCCGGACGCGACGCCCAGGCCUCACAUGAUGUGAGCGCGUCCCCCACAGCCUGUUGGGUUCAUCGGGUGUGCGUCUCCCCUCAGAACUCUAUUGUUGUUCGGAUGUGUCUUUUAAGAGAACUUGUGUAUAUUCUUUGUAUUUAGCGCGCCUUUUAAAUUCAGUUUUCACAGCAAACUUGACAAGACACCAAAUAUAUUUGUAGAUUUGUUAUAUAUGCAACUUCUGGUGCACGGCAUCAACUCUGUGCAAUGCGUGUUUUUAAAGAAUGUGGAUCGCAUUGGUCUUCCAACAAAUGCUGAGAGCAUUAUGUGAAUAAAUCGCCUUGGGAUUAAUAUUGUUUUCAUGAA